ACCAUCCACCCGCCUCCACGUGGCUCAGACACACAGGAUGGUGCUGAGGAGGGGCCACAUCAUGUGGACGGUCUGACCUGGGAUUCUUUUGUGGCUAUGCUGUAUUUGUAGAAGGAGGAUGGACCUUUUGAAGAUCGGUGUUUCUUGAUGUCAGAGACCAUGUGGAAGUUCAAAGCUUUUUGUUGGGAUUACUGGCAGUUCCUCUGUCUUCAUCCUCUGCAUGCUUUCUAUAAAAGUGUGGAAGGUGACGCCCCUGGCAGUGAUGUGAGCGUAUCUGUGGAUCCCUGCGUCAUCUAUGGUUGCAAGCCAGUGACCCACGGCGGCAGACCUGGCCUGGACUACCUGGACAACCAGCUCUACGGACACAUCUUUCUCCCGAGCCACGUGCGACCCCGCCGACCCAAACUCCAGCACUCCCAGUCCAUCCUCCGCAAGCAUGCAGAGGAAGAGGCCAUCAAGCGCUCCCGCUCAAUGUCAGAGAGCUACGAGCUCUCGUCAGACCUCCAGGACAAACAGGUGGAGAUGCUAGAACGCAAAUAUGGCGGGCGUUUCAUAACCCGGCAUGCCGCACGUACCAUCCAAACAGCCUUCCGCCAGUACCAAAUGAAUAAGAACUUUGAGCGUCUCCGAAGUUCUAUGUCUGAAAACCGUAUGUCCAGACGGAUUGUUCUGUCCAACAUGAGAAUGCAGCUUUCCUUUGAAGGACCUGAAAAAGUCCACAGCUCCUACUUCGAGGGAAAGCAUGUCUCUUUAUCUGACGAAGGCGCCAAAAUCGGUGCACUGGUGCAGUCGGAACACGGCAGGGAGAGAGGUGUACAAAUGAAGAUACCAAGCACACAGAGUGACCUCACAUAUGCCGUCACAGAACUGGAAGAUGCCUUCUCCAGGCAGGUCAAAUCUCUGGCCGAGUCCAUCGAUGACGCCCUGAACUGUCGCAGCCUACACGGGGAAGACAGUACUUUAGAGCAAGGAAGAGGCCACCUGGAUACGGACAGAGAGCUCAGCCACCAGUUGGAAUCCUCCCACAGCGCUUCAGAUCACCGCAAGCUAGAUGAGAUGACUGCAUCUUAUAGUGAUGUGACCCUUUACAUUGAUGAAGAAGAACUAUCACCCCCCUUGCCUCUCUCUCAGUCUGUAGACCGGCCCUCCAGCACAGAGUCAGACCUGCGCCAGCGUUCCCUGAACUCCUCCCAAGACUAUUGGUCGCUUGCUCACAAAGAUGAAAAGGGGGACACGGAUACCAGCUGUCGCAGCACGCCUUCCUUAGAAUGCCAGGAGCAGCGUCUGCGAAUGGACCACCUACCCCUACUGACUAUAGAGCCCCCCAGCGACAGCUCGGUGGAGCUGAGCGACCGGUCUGACCGCAGCUCAUUAAAGAGACAGAGCGCUUAUGACAGGAGCCCCAGCAACCAACAGAGCAGCCCCAAACACAUCGGCCACGGCCUGCCACCUCGGGGACCUUCCCGGGAAGAGGACCCUUCCCGUCACUGUGCCCGGCAGCUGGAAGCCCACCUGGCUAUCAACGGUACACCCAACCGCCAGAGCAAAUCAGAGUCUGAUUUCUCCGAUGGGGACAACGACAGCAUCAACAGCACAUCAAACUCCAACGACACCAUCAACUGCAGCUCCGAGUCUUCAUCCAGAGACAGCCUGAGGGAGCAGACGCUCAGCAAACAGACGUACCACAAGGAGACUCGGAAUAGCUGGGACUCACCAGCGUUCAGCAACGACAUCAUUCGCAAGAGACACUACCGCAUUGGCCUAAAUCUCUUCAACAAGAAGCCAGAAAAGGGGAUCCAGUAUCUGAUUGAACGAAGCUACGUCCCGGACACUCCAGUUGGUGUUGCCCACUUCCUCCUGCAGAGGAAAGGCUUGAGUCGGCAGAUGAUUGGCGAAUUCCUUGGCAACCGACAGAAACAAUUCAACCGAGAUGUUCUUGAUUGUGUUGUGGAUGAAAUGGACUUCUCAGGCCUGGAGCUGGAUGAAGGGCUCCGGAAAUUCCAGGCGCACAUCAGAGUUCAGGGAGAGGCACAGAAGGUCGAGCGGCUGAUCGAGGCGUACAGCCAGCGCUAUUGCAUUUGCAACCCCGGUGUGGUGAGACAGUUCAGGAACCCGGACACCAUCUUCAUCCUUGCUUUCGCCAUCAUCCUCCUCAACACCGACAUGUACAGCCCCAAUGUGAAGCCUGAGAGGAAGAUGAAACUGGAAGACUUUGUUAAAAACCUUCGAGGUGUUGACGACGGGGAGGACAUACCCCGAGAGAUGCUGGUGGGGAUAUACGAGCGGAUUCGAAAGCGAGAGCUCAGGACUAAUGAAGAUCACGUGUCCCAGGUUCAGAAAGUGGAAAAACUGAUUGUUGGGAAAAAACCGAUUGGGUCUUUACACCAAGGUCUUGGCUGUGUGCUGUCGCUACCCCAUCGGAGGCUGGUGUGUUACUGCAGGUUGUUUGAAGUACCUGAUCCCAACAAGCAGCAGAAGCUGGGCCUGCACCAGAGGGAGAUCUUCCUCUUUAAUGACUUGCUAGUGGUUACCAAAAUAUUUCAAAAGAAAAAGAACUCGGUGACAUACAGUUUUCGUCAGUCCUUCUCGCUCUACAGCAUGCAAGUUCUGCUAUUUGAGAAUCAGUAUUAUCCCAACGGCCUGCGCCUGACCUCGGCCAUUCCCGGCGCAGACAUCAAGGUCCUCAUUAAUUUCAAUGCUCCCAAUCCUCAGGACCGCAAGAAGUUUACCGACGAUUUGCGAGAAUCUAUUGCUGAAGUCCAAGAGAUGGAGAAGUAUCGGAUAGAAUCUGAGCUGGAGAAGCAGAAGGGUUUGGUGAGGCCCAGCAUGUCCCAGUGUUCUGGGUUAAAGAAGGAAACUGGGAACGGAAACCUGAGCCGAACCAGCCUGGACGACAGCUACGCCGUCGGUGAGGGCCUGAAGAGGAGCGCGCUCAGCAGCUCCCUACGGGAUCUCUCAGACGCAGGAAAGCGCGGGAGACGCAGCAGUGCAGGAUCACUAGACAGCAAUCUGGAAGGCUCCAUCAUUAGCAGUCCUCACAUCCGGCGGAGAACCCCUUCGGGUCGAGACUGUGCGUCCCGUCACAGCGGACACUCCCUGCCCAGCUCCUCCUCCCUGCUCGGGUCUCUGUUUGGCACCAGGCGGGUGAAGUCGCCUGGCCCCUGCUCUGGACCCCAGAGCCCACACCCCACCCUUGUCUCCCACGCCCCGCACCCGGCUAACCUGCACCACGCGGCCCGAGCAGAGUCGGACUCGUCCGUUCCCGUCCAUCCUCACCCCAUCCCCUUUUGCCAUGUGACCCAGAAUCCCCCGCCUUACCACCACCACCAUCACUACCACCCACCGCCCCAUCUGCAGCACGCGCCACACCAGUGCCACGUGCCUCCAUCUCAUGGCCAGCAGCCGCCCUACCCGCCAUAUCCACAGCACAGCCACGGCAGCCACUCUGCCCACGGCGGCCACCUUCACGGCCCGCCGCCGACGCCAACGCCAACGUCUCAGGUUCCCAGCAGCAGCACCAAGCCCAAACACAGCGGCAUCAGCACAGUGGUGUGAGUGGAUCACGGCGUACCGUACCUUCUAAAGACUUUUACCGGAUGAAAUCGUCACAUUGUGCGUCUCUGGUCUGCAGAUGAAUCCAGACUCCAGCAUAGACUUUGUUUGGCGUCAUGUUUCUGCAAACUUUCCCUCCUUCAUCCCCUGCAUUUCA